AUGGUCGUCGCCUCCGUUGCUGCCACGUCCGUUGACAUCGACCAGAGCUCGCGUCCUCUCCAGGUGGGCGACUACUUUCGCCCUCCCAGCGACAAUGUCACGGCAUUCGCCGACUCGACCUCACCCGUGACGUUCCGCCGCUCUCCAUGCCCUGGCCUCAACGCGCUCGCCAACCACGGCCACAUCCCUCGCAGCGGCAAGAACAUCACCCACGAGAACUUGGGCGCGGCCCUCAUGUCCGUCUUCAACACCGACACUAACUUCACCCAGACGCUGCUGAACCAGGUGCCGAAUACGUUCUCGCUCGACCUCCUCUCGCGUCACAAUGUGGUGGAGCACGACGCGUCUCUGAUGCACGACGACGCGUUCUUCGGCGUCGACCCCAUGAACGUCAACAAGACCCUGGUUAAUGACCUGUUCAACCGCUCGCUCGACGGCAAAACCCUCGGCGUGACGGAGCUGGGUGAGACUCGUAGUGAUCGACUGGCUGCAUGCAGAGCUAACAACCCGCAGUGCGUCUUCGGCGCCAACCAGACCGCGAUCGCGUACCUCGAAGCCGCUGUGUUCAUCAUCGGCUUCGGUGGCAACGUGAACGAGUCCGUGACGCUGGAAGCUGCGCGCUCCUUCGUCUGGCACGAACGCAUCCCCGAGAACUACACCAAGUCGGCUGUGCCGGUCAGCCUGGACUUCAUGCGGACUAUUGUGGCCAAGCUCAUGGCGCACGCGUAA